AUGUCCUUCUCCAAUGAGUCCCUUGGUCCUUCGGCUUUCUUCCUGACUGGCUUUCCAGGGCUGGAAAAUUAUCAUGUCUGGAUCUCCAUCCCCAUCUGCUCCAUGUACUUUGUGGCCAUCGCUGGGAACUGCACCAUCCUCUUCAUCAUCAGGACGGACCAAACCCUCCACGAGCCCAUGUACUUCUUCCUGUCCAUGCUGGCGCUCUCAGACCUGGGCUUGUCUUCUGCCACUUUGCCCACCGUGCUGAGCGUCCUCUGGUUCAACCACCGCGUGAUCCACUUCGAUGCCUGCCUGACCCAGAUGUACCUCAUCCACACCUUCUCCAUUGUUGAGUCUGGCAUUCUACUCUCCAUGGCCUUUGACCGCUUGGUGGCCAUCCGCAACCCGCUGAGAUACACGGCUAUCCUGACCAACGAAGCCAUCCGCAGAAUUGGGGUGGGCGUUUUCCUCCGGGCUGCUAUUCUGGUCUUCCCGACUUCCUUCCUCCUGAAGAGACUGCAGUAUGGGAGAAGAAACGUGCUCUCCUAUUCGUUCUGUUUGCACCAGGAUAUUCUGAAGGUGGUGCGCUCAGACAGGAGAACGAGCAGCAUCUAUGGCUUGAUGGUGGUGCUUUCCUCCAUGACUAUUGACUCGGUGUUACUCAUUGUAUCCUAUAUCAUGAUCCUCCAAACUGUGCUGAGCAUCGCCUCCAAGAUGGAGCGACUACGGGCCCUGAAUACUUGCAUCUCCCACAUCUGUGCUGUCUUCACUUUUUAUGUACCCAUGAUUGGCCUCUCUAUGAUCCACCGAUAUGGGAAAAAUGCUCCACCCGUUGUUCACAUCCUCAUGGCCAACGUCUACCUUCUGGUGCCACCCCUCAUGAACCCUAUUGUGUACAGUGUGAAAACAAAACAAAUUCGAACACGGAUAGUUAAAAAGUUCCGGAAGGAUGAAGGGUCAAGUGGAGCCUCUUAG